GAUUGCCAUUAUUACAUACGUAUUACAUACGUUUUACGUCGAUCUUUUGAGCAUCUGCAUCCUUAAAAUCUAUAAUGGAAGAAAUGUUGAACGAUUCUGUCGUACCAGCUGAUCUGGAGAAAUUUGAGAAAAAGUACAAUCAGGAACUGGAAGCUGGAACCAUAUCAACGACAACGCAGUUUGAGUAUGCAUACUGCAUGGUGCGAAGUGACUUUGCCAGCGACAUGAAAAGGGGUCUCGUGCUGUUGGAAGAUCUGUACGUUCGUCACCCUGAAGGUCGUCGCGACUAUCUGUAUUACAUGGCGAUGGGCUAUACUAGACUGCAGGAAUACUCGGAAGCGCUCAAGCACACUCAAGCGUUUCUAGAGAUCGAACCGAACAACCAGCAAGUGAGAGCACUGGAAGAAUUUAUUAAAAAGCGGAUGGAUGUCGAGGGAUUGAAGGGAGUUGCAAAAGCGACCGGGGCUGCACUGGUUGUCGGUGGCAUUCUUGGGUUGGGAUUCGCUUUGCUGAAGAAAUGAAAAUCGUCGCGGUAAGCUCCGAGUGGUCAGUCCAAGGCGUCAGCCCCGCUCGUGAGCUUUCCGUACGGUAAUGUUCUGCGUAGGUUACAACUGUAGUGAUCAGAGAAUGCUAUUGCAUUCUACGCUUUAACGGCGUGGUAAGAGUAAUAGUCCGUUUCUUCAUAACCAACCCUUGGGUAUAUAUCAUUUGUCUCUUAAACUUAUUCAUAGUAUAGCAGCUAAUUAGAACCAUCCGCAUGCCUUGGUGGAUUUCAUUAUUCUCUUUUGUAGGAUGUGGAUUUCAAGAAAAAAUGCACUUAGUUAUGUCUAGCUGUUGAACGUUAGAUGGAAGCAAUGAUAUAACAGUUGCAGCGAUCUGUAUCAAUUCGUCGAAAAAUACUAAUGAAGAAACAUGUGUGUUAGGAGGAUGGUAAUAGCUUGUCUGUUGUUGCCUUGUAUAAAUGUAGAAAGUGAGGAAAACGAUCCGCUGCACAACCAAUUACGUGUUAUCGGGCAUAGAGUAUAUAUUACUGCACUAGAAAUAAGCAAACUAUUCUGGGAUAUGUCUACGAGUAAGUCACCACGGAUAGCCGUUUGUUUUUUUUUAUUUUCUCACUCACACACGGUUACGUGCUAAAAUAUGUUGAUAUAAGAAGAUAUAUUACCAAGAUGCAAAGUACGAAAUAUACAAAAAAAAUCCAGGCGAUAGCAAGAAAGUCUUUUCGUCAUUGAAAAACAUCACUUGGCGCAAACAGCUACGUAAAA